AUGACAUCUCCCAACUCUUCUGCAUCAAGUUUCACCACCCAAUCCACCUCGCAGACUCCAGCCGCUGCCAAAGGAGCUGAAGAAAACAUGGCUAUGAUGGCUGGAUUCAUGAACUUCUACAAUGCCUUUGUUGCUGGUUCUCAUCUAAACUCGUGUGGAUCAAGUAGGGAUGAUGAAGAAGAAGUGAUCAUUCCUGAACCUAUCAUGCCAUUGAUACUGCAGGAUGAAUCUACAAACUUGAAUGGUGGCACUCCGGAACCCCAACCAGCAGAUGAUGACUCACCUGCUGAAUAUUUAAAAAAUGGUGACGAUUCACCAGUUCUGGAAGAAAAUGUCGCCUCUACUGACAAUGUCACCUCUGACUCUGCAGAAACUUUUGAUUCUACUUUUAUGGAUUUUCUCUUUCCUGGGAGAAUCCCUGAUGACAUGGUCGCUCUCAUCUUCAUAUUCAUCAUUCUGUUAGCACACCCCAUGCAUCCACAAUCUGACGCGGCUAUGUUAACUUCACGCCAAUUAUUUCAAGACCCCCGUUAUCCACCAUGUCUAUGCUGUCAAACAGAUGCUCCACCGCCACCCCAUUGCUAUUGUGCAUGCUAUGUGACUAUUUCAGAAAAGCCGUAAUGAUCUACAAAAUCAAUAGAAAUAAGUCAAAAAGUCAUGUUCAUAAUAUACAUGUUUAAGCAACGAAUGAUAUAUAAUAUAGUUUACGGAAAAUCUUUGAAAGAAUAUGCUGAAUAAUGUAUGUG